UCUGUCCUCUCAGGGAACGGUCUGGUUUUUCUUCUGCGGUGAUUUUUGAGUGUCAGCAUGUGUCGUCGGCCGUCUGUCUCCGCGUCGUCGUCGUCUACGACUCGUUCAUGGUGAGGUUCUCCUCUCGGCGCCGCACCGGCGAGCGGCGUGACCUGCUGCGGCAGGUGAGGCGGGGGCAUGGGGCAAGCACAGAGAGCGACAGAGACGGAGGAGCGGCGAGGAGUGGCGUGAGGACAAGGGCGAGCGCACGCUUCAGGCUCCAGGUGCCUCGUUUGGCUCUCCGUCGUCGUCUGAGCGUGCUCAGUGGCUGCGUGUCUCGACCCGCCCCUUGGCGCCGUAGGCCAAUCGCCUUCCUUUGCUAUGUCCUGUCAGUCGGCGCUCUGCGGCCGCUGGCCAAACGGGUGGCACUGUACCGCUCCUUCCCGACGCGCCUCCUGUCCCGGGCCUGGGGUCGUCUGAAUGGGAUGGACCUUCCCACCUGGCUCCGGAAGCCAGUGUACUCGCUCUACAUCUGGACCUUCGGGGUCAACAUGCAGGAGGCAGCAGUGGAGGAUUUACAUCAAUACAAGAAUCUGGGAGAAUUUUUCCGUCGGCGUCUCAAACCGGCAGUGCGACCACUCUGCGCCUCAUCCUGCCUGAUCUCUCCGGCUGAUGGGAAAAUCCUCCACUUCGGUCGCGUGAAGAACUCGGAGGUGGAGCAGGUGAAGGGGGUCACCUACAGUCUUGAGAACUUCCUGGGUCCACAGAAGGGGCAGGGCCACGACUCGUUGUCCUUCAGGGACAGCCUCCUGUCCUCACCUGAGAACGACCUGUUCCACGUGGUGGUCUACCUGGCCCCAGGUGACUACCACUGCUUCCACUCGCCCACCGACUGGAGGGUGGAGCGCCGCCGGCACUUCCCAGGCUCGUUGAUGUCGGUGAACCCGGGCGUGGCACGUGUGGUCAAAGAGCUCUUCUGCCUUAAUGAACGCGUGGCGCUGACCGGCCAAUGGCAGCAUGGCUUCUUCUCGCUGACGGCAGUCGGAGCGACCAACGUCGGAUCUAUCAGGGUUUACUUCGACCAGGAGCUGCAGACCAACGCGCCUCGCUACAGCAAAGGCUCCUUCCAUGACCAUAGCUACGUUGCAGAUGGCGACCAGGUGUCGGAGGCAGCCGGCGAAGGGGGCGUGGCCUCCGAUGAGGGCGAGGGCGUGGUUCUGCAGCGGGGUGCAGCGGUGGGCGAGUUCAACCUUGGCUCCACCAUCGUCCUGCUGUUCGAGGCUCCAGCAGACUUCAGCUUCAGCCUUCAGCCAGGGCAGCGAAUCAGAGUGGGGGAGGGGCUCGGCAGCCUUUGAUUGGCUGCAGAAGGCGGCCUGAUGACGAGGAGGCUGAUUUUUAAGGGUUUAUGGCAUUGUGGGUAAUUUUUUGUGGAACAAAGAAACUGUGGAGGAGGACUCAAACUCCCAGCAUGCCUUGUGCCAAACCUCUCCCUCUUUUCUGAGUGGCGCUCAUCCACAAACAACAAACAAACGUCAUAUUUAACAAACUAAUAAUUAAAAUAAUGAGGUCAAACAUUCUCCGUCCACUGAAACAGUUUCAAUGUUUGAAACUUUAUUGUUCGUUUGUUAUUCAAACAAAUCUGCAGCAGCUGAUUGGUUGGCACUCAGCAGGAGGCCUGUGAUUGGUCAGAAUGAAACAGUGAUGUAAAUAUGAAUUUAUUCUGUUUAUUUCUUCAGCUUGUCUUCUUUUGUAAAAGAUGUAAUUAAAAAUAAAUAUUUGUUUUUCA